AUGACUAGCCUUUAUCCUGGUCAUGUACCGCUGUCGCUCGGUUCACGUAUAUUGCUUGGGUUAGGCUCAGCGGCUAUGGCUAUCUCAGAUCCACGUCGAGGAGAUAUGGUAGCGGCAAUGGGCGAAGCCACGGCGCCUGAGCCUGUUCUUGAGAAAAUCCGACAGCGAAUGGCAAGUGAUAUUUCGGGCGCUCGUCUUCUCAAAGAACGUCCAAGAGUUACCAACGUAACUGUAAAUCGUAAAUAUCUUGAGUCGUUACCUGAGAACACCCUCGGAAAGGAGUACUCCAAGUUCUUAAUUGGGUUAAAUACAUCUCCAGACGCUAGACCUCCAGUAAGAUUUGUUCAAAAUGAAGAGCACCUCUAUGUGAUGCAACGUUAUCGUGAAACACACGACUUCAACCACGUUCUCCUACAAAUGCCAACCAAUAUGCUGGGCGAGGUUACUGUGAAGUACUUCGAAGGGAUCCAGUUUGGGCUCCCAAUGUGUGUGACUGCUGGUAUAUUCGGUGCGGCAAGACUCCGUAAAAAGCAUCGCCACCAGUUCCUCACUCGUAAUCUCCCUUGGAUUGUAGAGCAAGCGACUAACGCACGAUUCUUUCUGGCGAUCGAUUGGGAAAAUCACUUCGAGGAGACUAUAUCAUCAUUACAACAGCAAUUUGGGAUCACUCCGUUACAUUCAUACCAAAACUCCUGA